AAGGCGACUGAAGUUUCGUAAGUCCAAUACGCCAACUGUUAACGACAUAUUUCCUUAGAAUCAACUGAGAUGAGCUCGGGAGACAAACAUAUUAUUCACAAAAGAUGUUCCGGAUACCAGAUGUCGCAAAUAUAAAUGCAAACUCUAAGAUAGUUAAUGAGACAAAAGAGCGAAAUAAAAAUAUUUCUGCAAAUCUGUAGUUUCCUCAACAUCACAAGCUUGUCAAUCUACGAAUCACGAAAGCGACUAAAGUUUUGAAAGUCCGAUACAUUAAUUAGACAUAUUUACUAAUUAGACAUAUUUAUUAAUUAGACAUAUUUAUUAAUUAAACAUAUUUUCUCAGAAUUAACAAAAAUCAGAAUUAAUUACUGACCGACGUAUAUUCUUAGAACUUCGAGAUAAUCUCGAAGCGCGGUUCGGAGGACAAGCAUAUUAUUCGCAAAAGAUAUUCCGGAUAUCAGACAUCGUCGGGAGCUAUCGACGUUCACCUUAUCGCGCGCUGUUCGAUUUCUUAUCAUGCAUUCCGCGCCCUUCCGCAUUUCACGGUCGUGGAAAGACGACAGCAGAAGUCACUAGAUUUCGGACGACACGAGGGGAGUCGCUGCUCCUCUCCUCCUCCAUGUCAUCGUAACUGUCGCCGUCGGCACCGUCAUUGUGAAUCGUCGCGUGAACGUGCAGAAGAGGGGACAGGGUUAAGGGACCAAACGGGUUGUUCGAACGCCGCGGCUUCCACGAGGGACUUCCCGGUCGCGUUCGGUUUUUCGUUUAAAAGCGGACGCGGUAACACGACGCCUGUCCAGUUCACACAUUUCACACGCGCUGUGUAUAACGGUGUCAAUCACCAUGAGAUCGUCCUCUCAUCUCGUCGCGCCCGCAUCGAGCAUCCUGCUGCUCCUCUUCGGCGUCCUCCUCGAGCACACGGUCCUCGCCUCGCCCGUCCAACGUGCAAACCGCGCCGAGUGCCCGAGGAUCGUCAGUCGGGAGGAAUGGAAGGCCAGGAAGCGCCUGGACUACCAGCUACUGCCGGUGACACCAACGCCGUACGUGGUGAUCCACCACGGGGGCAUACCCAAGUACUGCACGGAUCAAGAAUCGUGCUCCGCGAUCGUUCGGUCUUACCAAGAUCUCCAUCUUGACGAUCGGGGCUGGUGGGAUAUCGGCUACAACUUCCUUGUUGGCGAAGACGGCAACGUCUACGCUGGUCGCGGCUGGAACUUGGUCGGCGCCCACGCACCUGGAUAUAACACGCAGAGCAUCGGCAUAUGCGUUCUAGGAGACUUUAGUGAUUUUCUCCCGAACUCGGCCGCCCUGAAGGCACUGAACGAGUUGAUAGCCUGCGGGGUUUCACUUGGCAAGAUAAACGACAAGUAUAACGUGAUCGGCCAUCGGCAGACGCGAGUAACAGAGUGUCCUGGCGAAUCCUUCUACAAGUACGUGACAGCUCUUCCUCGUUGGACUGCGCAUCCGAUACCGAUUCGUACAAACUUCACCACCACCACCACCACUACGACGACAGAGGCAACGGAGCCAAGAGACAAUAAUGUGGAGGAGAAACAUGGCAAACUCGCCGCUUCAUGAUGACUCUUCCAGGUCACUCUCACAAGACAGACCAAAUUUAUGCUAAAUGCCACUACCCAGUGCAAAAUGAAGACUUGACAGAACAACAAGGGCUCGCAGGUAUCACGUCGACGAGAUCUCGGUCUUGUUGCAAGGCGCUCACACGUGAUCAUAGCUAAUUUUUCUAUUAUUUUCUUUUAUUUUUUAUUUUUUUUUAACAAGCUGUAGACUUGAUAAAAAAAAAUAGUCGGAUUCAUACACCAACUGGCAUAAUAGCCUUGAUAAAUCCUGUACAAUUAUACUUAAUACCUAAUUAAGUUAGUAGUAUCUUCUAAUCGUACAUUCGGUUGUUAAACGCUUUUUAUUAAUGAAGUUGCGUUCGCGCGCUUUUUAUUAAUGAAGUUGCGUUUGCGCGCUUUUUAUUAAUGAAGUUGCGACGUUUCAACUUGUCAGAAUUCUCAGGCGCCUUUAAAGCAUCUUUUAGAAGUUCGUGCAUAGUUUGGGUAAAUAACAAAUCUCAAUUAUGUACGCGAUCAGACAAGCCCGACGACCAGUCGCAUAACGUGUUGAGACUAUUACGUCGGUCUGUAUGUAUAGCACUGUUGUAAUUUUAGUGCAAUGGCACUAUUAUAUAUCUCAGUAUGCUAGAUAUUGAAUAACCGUUGCUACCUCUUGCUACACGCUCGUUACGAUAGGUCCUGCUCGCUGACGGAACGUAACGUCGUCCUUCGGGCCAUUCGUUUUACGGAAAACGGUUCUCACAGUCCCGUGAUUCCCCAGUGUCCCAGAUUCCCAGCGCGUCACGUGCGCGCUUAACAUCAAUAACACAUAACAGCGACUGAGAUCUAUGUCGCGAGUGAAACUUGCUAAUCGAAGCCGGCGCGUGUCGUCGAAAUGAUGCACAGUUCAUCGCAAAAGUCGACGUGCGUUCCCGUACUUGCGUGCGCGCCGCCGCGUUUUGACAAACGAGAUCGAUGUCCCUCAUGUGUAUGUUCGCGUGCUCGAGCCGUAUCUUUACGUGUACCCCGCGAACUCGCGGCUUUCGCGUUUAAUUACUUCAUUAUGAUAAUUGAAAGAUCACCGUGCGACGUGAUUCUUCCUAACGAAACGAAUUCCAUCGCGCGCGCGCGCACGUACUAAUAAUUAUGCAAAAAAAGUGUAAAUUAUGAUCAAAUCAUGUUUUAUUUAUGGACACCGAAACGAUUGCGGCAUGUGCGGAAGGAAUCCGUAGAACAAAGAUUGACUUUCACAAGCGAUUUCGAACAACGUAAAUCAUAGACAUGAGUCUGCACGAAAGACGACGUUUCUUGCUGAUCAUUGGCAGUCUUUUCCUCGUCAGUGCGAAAUACUAUCUAACUAUAUUUAAAUGAUUGCAAGUAGCAAACUGAAGAAAAAAGAAAUAAAAUAUUAAAUUGUCGAUUAAUCAUAAUGAUCGAUCGUCUCUCUCGGGAACGUGUGUUAUUAAGUGCGAUUCUGCGGGAGUCGAAUCGAUAAGAUAUCGCGUAAUAUAACGUGACACAUUUGCUGCCUGGUAUGCGUUUAUAAUGUCUUUUUUCAAACAUUCCUUAUGGAAAAAAAUGCGAGGAAAAAACAGCCAGACUCUCCGGCGAGAUUCUGUAGCGCGUUUCGCCGUUCGAGCAAAUCACAUCGAACGAUCGGCUUCGAUCGCGCGAGCUUAUUUAUUGACUAAUUCUCACAAAUAAUGAUUAACAGAUCAGACUGCUUGAUCGACUCGUUAACGCUCCUAAAAGAGCUUGUUCCUCUUAAGCAGUACAAACGAUUAUUAGUGACGUUGCGCCACGGUUAAUUGCAUUUAUCAGUUUUUGUCCAUUAAAGUAGAAUUAAACAGUAUUCCAUAGAUGUAUGUAAUAUCUGUAUACGAUUGACGAUAAAAUAAAUAUGUAUUGUAGAAUA